AUGGACCUUAGACGUUGUCAAAUUUGGGCACGUACUGGGAAACACAUCAUCCAAGCGGACUACGUGAAGAUCAAAUGUGUACGAACGGAAUCGGGGCCAAGCGACGCAGACCAGUCUGUCGAAUCCUCAGUUAGUAACGAUGUGUCCGGAGGGACUUCUAGUUCGUCUUCUAUUCCGGACGAACUCUUUGGCGCCGACGACGACCCUCUUAUCCCAAAGUCGGCCGACAUCGAUCGUAUUUUUCACCAGGGUCGAGAGACAUGGAAGCAAUUCGUCAAGUCAGCCGAGGCCCUACCUCCAAACUCCUUCCCACCAGGACUUAUGGAGCCCUCCAUUAUGUUGAAAGACGUUCCCGCGCUCCCAGAGAAAAUACCCACGAAGGCUUUGAUUGGACAACCAGUUUGGCAUAUACCAAGCCCAGAGCAAGAACGAGAAGAGCAUCCACGAAACGAAAAUAAUUCUCUAGAUACUAUUUCUCGUAUCCAAAAUUCUAUCGAAUGCCGCUUCUCCUCACUACCUGGUUCUUCCCAUUUCGGAAGUACUCCGCAUUCAGACAGUUGCCCUUCAGCCACUUCAAGAAGUCUCUCUAUCUUGACGCUAUUGUGGUUGUACAUCCUCUCUGUUCGACUCUUGGAGCUGCAGGGUGAGAAAAUCCAAUAUUCUCAAUACUCCCUUCCUCCCAAGCCUGCGAAAACUUGCAAUGCUCAACAAGACGAUAUCAUCCUCAACCUCCAAGCUGCGUCCCACGAACUGGUCAGGUGGCUCUGCGCUAUCCUUGCACCAAAGCCUGGUUGGUUGGCAGCUAGUGGACGUUUCCCACCAUGGGCAGCCUUCUGCUCUGGCGAUGCACGUUUCAUCAUCUCCACCGACCAGCCUAUAGCACUUGCUUUGAACGAGCAGCCACCAAGUUCUGCCCAGGCUGUGGAGCUUCUCAUUGAGAUUUGCAGCCUCUACGGACUUGGACCUGAUAAUGGAGGUGACCAAAUGUCUAAACCCUUAUCCCCGCCUACAGCUGCAUUCUUAGCAGCACUAGCCCUUCCAUUCUAUCGACACGUUAACCUUCAACCGCAAUUCUCUAUACCAAAGCUCAGAAGACGCCGGAUUGAUAUUGCCACGCUGCAACCAAUUCGCCAAUAUGUCAGCGAUCUUCGAUAUUACAUGACACUAAGUAUGCAUCCAAGGUCUCUUGGAUCCGUCCUUUGGAGCAUAUUUUGGCAACCAGAUAUCGAAUGCAAUGUUGUCAGCCCAUGGCUAAGUUCGAUCUUGAGUGUGAUCAAGCCUAUCAUCGAUUCUCGGAAUCCAGAAACGCUAGCCAAAGUGUUCGUCCUCCGCCGACCACGUGUUGCUUUGUGGUGGCUAGGCAUCUUCCUCCUUGGCAAUCCCACCAUUCUUGACUGGAUUGCCCGUUAUCUGGAGACCCUUGAAGAGCGUUGGGGUUUUGCUUCUAUGGCACCACCUGAUAUCGCUGUGGCUGCUUGGACUGGGUCACCCCAGUCAUUCCUAGACGAAGAAUCCUUAUGCGUCUACCCAGAAACAACAGGUAUGGUUAUAAAGUCUGAUCUUCUCCGGCACCGCUACAAUUUUCGCCUCCAAGACUCUACGUCUAUCCCCUUGUCCUGGCGACCAUUUGGAGAUGUUGCUAAAGCUGCCAUCGAACCAUAUCUCUGGCCCUGGUUGGAACAGGGGCAUAUCAGAGAAUAUGUGCACUGGAUUUGGUGGAUCAAGAAGGGUAAGAGACUUAUUCGAGACGUUCAAGUUUGGUUCCGGCAGGAGACAGACCGGUUUACCGAAGAUGUCCCUGAUCGCCUGGAAUUGACGUUUGUGGGUCGGCCGACAAGAUGUGGUGACGUUAUCAAGCUAGCACCAUCGAGACAGUCUACGCUGCGGAUGAUACAUUAUUACUUGUCGGAUGCCAAUGGAGACACAGAUAGGGAUAUCACGACUAUGCCCGGGGUUAAAACCCACCCAUGGCUAAAGUAUUGGAGGGGUCUUGAAUGAUUUCUCAAGGCCGGGGCACGACUACAGAGACCACUAGAAUAUCUUACACCAAGAGUGAGCAUGCGGGAGUUAGUAUGACUGAGGCUGAUAUCUCCACGCGUGGGGGGAUGGGAGAGCGGCAUCAACGCCGUAACCCGCCGAACUUGGCAGCCAAAACGACAGUAUUCGGCUUUAUCUAUAAUUUCCGACACCAGGGAAUAAACCUGGUCUGACGGUUUCCAACUUCGAAGUCACCUAAUACAAAUAUAACAAAUAUCCA